AUGACAUCAAAAACCAUUUUCCAAAAUUUACCUUUUUUCAAAGCAGGAGCAACUACACGUUUGUUUUCCACCUUACGGUUUGAUUCGAAGGAAGCCUUUAGAAGUAAUUUAAUUCGUGGGUUCGUUACAGAGAGUAAACCAGCAAUUUCCUCGAACCCUUCAAAGCCUGCUGACAUAACCAAAAAGUCGGAACCUGGUGACUUUGCUCUAGCUAAGCCCGCUAAUACUGCAGAAUAUGUGCUGUCUACUGUAGACCAGAUUGUAAAUUGGUCUCGUCAGGGCUCGAUUUGGCCUAUGCGUGUUGUGCGGGUAUUUGAAAUGAUGCAUAUGGCAGCAGCAAGAUAUGAUCAGGAUCGCAUCGGAAUCGUAUUUCGCGCAUCUCCUCGCCAGUCUGAUGUUAUGAUUGUCGCAGGUACCUUAACUAAUAAAAUGGCGCCUGGGUUAAGAAAAGUUUACGAUCAGAUGCCUGAACCCCGGUGGGUGAUUUCCAUGGGUUCAUGUGCAAAUGGUGGCGGAUACUAUCAUUAUUCUUACGCUGUUGUUAGAGGAUGUGACCGAAUCGUUCCUGUAGACAUAUAUGUUCCGGGAUGUCCUCCGACAGCAGAGGCGCUAAUGUAUGGUGUAUUACAGCUACAAAAGAAAAUGAGGCGUUCUAGGGUCAAAAUAUCAGAUAUUUUUGGGAAUGCGCUCGGCAUUUUUACGCAUGGUACAAAUCAUCCUAUGAAGCCCUUUAGAGUGAGGAUGACUCAUAAUCUAGUGAUGAAUUAUGGAUUAUGCAAGAAGAUGGAAAUUUUUAGACCAAAACCAAGUACAAUCGAUGAAUUAACACAAUUUCAUACGGACGAUUAUAUAAAUUUUCUGGGUAAGGUGACUCCGUCAAAUAUGGAAUCAUGUAUAAAAGACUGUACCAGAUUUAAUGUUGGUGAUGAUUGUCCGGCUUUUGAUGGCUUACUUGAAUAUUGUAGACGAGCAACGGGAGGUUCUCUCGAAGGUGCUGCAAGAUUAAAUCACGGGCUAUGUGAUGUAGCCGUAAAUUGGGCUGGGGGCUUACAUCAUGCCAAAAAGCAAGAAGCAAGCGGGUUUUGCUAUGUAAACGACAUAGUGGUCGCAAUAUUGGAACUAUUAAGGUACCAUAAACGUGUACUUUACAUCGAUAUCGACAUUCAUCAUGGAGACGGUGUGGAAGAAGCAUUUUAUUCAACAGACCGAGUGAUGACAUUGAGUUUUCACAAUUUUGGUGAAUAUUUUCCAGGAACUGGAGAUAUACAUGAUAUGGGUAUUGGAAAAGGAAGAUAUUAUUCUGUGAACUUUCCAUUGAGAGAAGGAGUUGAUGAUGCGACUUAUAAAAGUGUGUUCGAACCGGUCGUUUCACAUGUGAUCGAUUGGUAUAAACCUUCAGUAAUUGUCUUACAAUGCGGCGCUGAUUCAUUAAGUGGUGAUCGGCUUGGAUGUUUUAACUUAUCAUCUAAAGGUCACGCGGAUUGCGUUCGAUUCGUUAAGAAAUUCAAUAUACCGAUGUUGGUGUUGGGUGGCGGUGGAUAUACCAUCCGUAAUGUUUCAAGAGCUUGGGCAUACGAGACUGGAGUUAUUGUUGGGCAAGAAAUAGGACCAGGGCUACCAUCGAAUAAUAGUGGUAAUGAUUAUUUUGGUCCGGAAUAUACGUUGAUGGUUCAUCCUAGCAAUAUGGAAAAUAAGAACACGAGAGAAUAUUUAGAAAAAAUCAUGAUGACAAUAUUUGAAAAUUUGGAUCGAUCACGACAUGUACCAAGCGUUCAAAUACAGGAUAUACCGGGAAAAAACCAUAUAUUUGAUGACAUUAAUGAAGAUGAAAAUGAUCCUGAUGAGCGAAUAUCACAACAACAAUAUGAUAAGCAUAUCGUACCGGACAAUGAGUACGAAGACUCAUCUGACGAAGAAAGCAUAUAUAAUUCCAUCAUUCCUGUUGAAUAUGGUCCUUCAAAAUAUGUAAGGUCCUAUCGCCACAAGAUAAUUCAAAAUCGCUCGCAAAAGAAUCUAUUAAGUAAAUUAGAACCUACAGUAAAAUACUCUGAUAUAAUAUAUCCUCAAAAUAAUAACAAUGGACAAUUUUCGAUGGAAGUAUUAGAUGAGGUGAUUAUGGUAGAAGCUAAUAGUCCCAAAACAGACGGGAUUGUGUCAACAUAUCCCGUCCGUGAUAAAGUUUAUACUUUGAAGCCAAGGAGAAAUGGAAGCAUAAGUUAUUAUGGUCAAAGUCUUGAUCAGUUUCUUUAG